AUGGUCCGUCCAUGUUCAACCUCUUCCUCCAUCCAAGUCGAAAGCUCCAAAUGGCUGGAGGCGGCCGUCUCGUGCCGCUUUGGACAAACCCUACUACUACCUCUCCUCCUUCUUCCUCCUCCUUCGGCUCGUCCUUUUCCCCUCCGCGACCGCGAGCGAUGAUAGUAAUAAGAAAGAGAGAGAGAGAGAGAGAGAGAGAUGCUAUGAGAAUGAGAGAGAUAUGCUAUGCUGUGCUCAUCCUUUGUUGUGUUAUUAAUAAUAAUAAAUCUGUGAAUAUCUGGUAAUUAAUGAGCGAGCCUGACAUUCCUCUUUUCCCCGCCGUCUCUCACUCCCAAGUCUCAACCGGGCCAAAAACUUCUCCUUCUGAGAUAGAUAGCAAUUAAUUCGGGGAGGGAUCGGGAUCGGAUCCGUCAUCCGUAUUCUCUGACCACCCUCCUCCUCUGUACUCUGUACUCUUUGAAGUCUGAACACAGAAGAAUCACAAAUAUCUCCUCCUCUAUGGAAACUCUGUCCAUCUCCUCUCGUCUCGCCCACUGGAGUUUCCGCCGCCGAGCCACCGACGCCUCCGCCUCCGCCUCCGCCUCCCUCCGUUGCUCCCGCGGCCACCACCGCUCCUCUUCCUCUUCCCUCCCCUCUCUCCGCUGCCGUGCAGUUUUCCGCCCCUUGGAUGCCGUAGCCGAGAGUGAUGAGGUCGCCAGGUUCGUGGAGGCCUCGAAGAAGGGCAACCUGGUGCCGCUCCAUCGCUGCAUAUUUUGCGAUCACCUGACGCCGGUGCUGGCCUAUCGCUGCCUCGUCAAGGAGGACGACCGGGAAGCCCCCAGCUUCCUCUUCGAGUCCGUAGAGCAAGGUUCUCGUGGGACCAACGCUGGCCGGUAUAGUGUGGUGGGCGCACAGCCGGCGAUGGAGAUCGUGGCGAAGGAGAACUUGGUCUCGAUAAUGGACCACGAAGAAGGGCGUCGAACUGAAGAGUUGGUGGAGGACCCGAUGCGGAUCCCUCGGCGUAUCAUGGAGAGUUGGUCUCCUCAGUUGAUCGACGAGCUUCCUGAUGCCUUCUGUGGUGGAUGGGUGGGCUACUUUUCGUACGACACAGUGCGUUAUGUUGAAAAGAAAAAACUUCCAUUUUCCAAUGCUCCUCAAGAUGAUAGGAACCUCCCGGAUAUUCAUCUUGGUCUGUACAAUGACGUCAUUGUGUUUGAUCAUGUGGAAAAGAAAGCAUUUGUGAUUCACUGGGUGCGGUUAGACCGAUAUUCUACUGUUGAGGAAGCCUAUGAUGAUGGGAAAAAUCGAUUGGAUGUUUUGCUAUCCAGAGUACAUAAUAUUAAUGUUCCAACGCUUUCUGCUGGUUCUGUAAAGUUACAAACUCGCCAAUUUGGUUCCUCGUUGAGGAAGUCAUCAAUGACAAGUGAAGAAUACAAGGAGGCUGUUAUGAAGGCAAAAGAGCAUAUUCUAGCGGGAGACAUUUUCCAGAUUGUCUUAAGCCAACGUUUUGAGAGGCGUACAUUUGCGGAUCCUUUUGAGGUGUACCGAGCGCUAAGAAUUGUGAACCCAAGUCCAUAUAUGACCUAUUUGCAGGCGCGGGGAUGUAUUCUUGUUGCAUCAAGCCCUGAAAUUCUUACUCGUGUAAAGAAGAGGAAGAUUGUUAACCGUCCGCUUGCUGGCACAGUCAGAAGAGGGAAGACAACAGAGGAGGAUGAGUUUCUAGAACAGCAGUUGCUUAAAGACGAAAAGCAAUGUGCAGAACAUAUAAUGCUUGUAGAUUUGGGAAGGAAUGAUGUUGGAAGGGUGUCAAAGCCUGGUACUGUAAAGGUUGAAAAGCUAAUGAAUAUUGAACGGUACUCCCAUGUAAUGCACAUCAGCUCCACGGUUACUGGAGAGUUGUUUGAUGAUCUCACUUGUUGGGAUGCUCUACGUGCUGCAUUGCCUGUAGGAACAGUCAGUGGAGCUCCUAAGGUAAAAGCAAUGGAACUAAUUGAUCAGCUGGAAGUUACAAGGCGAGGGCCUUAUAGUGGUGGCUUUGGGGGAGUAUCAUUCUCCGGUGACAUGGACAUUGCUCUUGCUUUGCGGACCAUUAUUUUUCCAACCGGGUCUCGAUACAAUACAAUGUACUCGUAUAAGGAUAGCAGUAAGCGACAGGAGUGGGUGGCCCAUCUACAGGCGGGGGCUGGAAUUGUGGCCGACAGCGUUCCGGAUGACGAGCAGCGAGAGUGCGAGAAUAAGGCCGCAGCUCUUGCUCGUGCCAUAGAUCUUGCAGAAUCAACUUUUGUAGAUCAGUAACAUUUUGAGUGGUGGAUUGUUUUUCUCUCACUUGGUGCUUUUUCUUCAUACAUUUUCAUCACGACCGUGUUAGCCCAUCCGAAAAUGAAACCGAGUAAUGAUCCGGCCUUUUAUCAUACUCUGCCUUGCACUUUUGCAUAUCCUAAAGAGGUGUAUUGCCAAAUUCAUGGACUAUUAGUGUUAUGCCGCAUGUUGAGAAAUUUUGUGCGUGAAAAACAAUUUGAAGAAAAGACUCGGGACAUUUGUAAAAUAAAAUAAAAUAAGAAGAUCUAUUGUCUAGAAGAAAGAGUAGAGUUAUGUGUAAAAUGAAUAUUGUGGUUUGUGGACUAAUUGAAUCCUAAUGGGAGAUACCGGAUAUGAACAGUAA